UCUUACAAUCAAAACACAAAUUUCUCCAAACACCCAAUUCAUCAUCAUCAUUAAUAUUCUUUCUUUAAUAAUUUCAAGAAAAUCCCAUCUGGGGUUCUUCUCAAAAUUGGUAAUCACUAGUGUGUUUUUAGUGUCUGAAUGGGAAGUGGGUCAUCAAUAAAUCUUCAGACAACCGAUGAUCAUGGCGGUGGUCAACUAUACGUGUCAUUAAAGAUGGAAGAUUAUAGCCCAAAAGGAGACCUUGUUCCUCAUGUCUAUGGCUCUGUUCCUCUUGUUGGUUGUUGGGAUCCUUGUAAAGCUCUUCCAAUGGAGAGGGAGUCAACUUUAAUGUGGCAAUUAAGUUUUGUUGUCUCUCCUAAUCAUGAAACCUUGGACUUCAAGUUCUUGUUGAAGGCCAGGGAUAACAAUGAAUCAUACAUAGUGGAGGAAGGUCCAACCAGACAAUUCAUGGGUGGUACCUUGCAAGGGGUCACAAGGUUGGCUCUAUUUAGGCUAAGCAAUGAGGAGAUUCUUGAAUAUAGGGUGUGCAUCAAGGCCGAUAGGGUUUCACCCUUUGACCUUGCUGCUAGUUGGAGAGCUUAUCAAGAAAAUCUUGAACCCUCAACAGUUCGUGGGAUUCCUGAUGUUAGUAUAAAUGCAUUGCCGGAGGGUGGUGAGAAUGGCUCUUCAGCAAGUUUGGAUCUUGAUCUUGAACAAUAUGUGGUCCCAACUCCAGCAACUCCCGUGGUAUAUGCGGCUAAUUUGACUGAGAAUCCAAGGUCAACGAAGCAUGAUGAGGAAUCUACCAAAGUUGAUGGUUCAGCCAAGGGUGUGAGUGUUUGCAUUGAUCUGCCCACGAUUAAAAAGGAACCAGAAGUUGUGGGUCUCGAAAGGGAAGCUGUUGGCUCAGAUCUUACUAAAGUGUACCACUCUCCGGGCAUGGUCGAGUCGAAGUCUGUUGGUACAUUUUCACCGCUACAGAAACAAAAUAGUGAGACAAUACUUUUUGUGGAUCGAGGUGUUGGAUCUUCUCGGUUAGUUAAAUCUGUGAGUGCAACACAUUUACCAGAUUCAGAAGCCAAGAACUCAAUGCCCGCUGCUGCUGGAGCUGUUGCAGCCGCGGCUGUUGCUGAUCAAAUGCUUGGACCCAAAGAAGAUAUGCAUCUCGCAAUUGUCUUGGUUGGUUUGCCGGCUCGUGGCAAAACUUUUACAGCUGCUAAAAUUACAAGGUAUAUGCGUUGGUUAGGUCAUGACACUAAACAUUUCAAUGUUGGAAAGUAUAGACGCUUAAAGCAUGGAGCUAGCCUGACUGCUGAUUUUUUCCGAGGUGACAAUCCAGAAGGCAUGGAAGCUCGGAAUGAGGUAGCCGCUCUGGCAAUGGACGACAUGAUAGCUUGGAUGCAAGAAGGUGGCCAAGUAGGAAUAUUUGAUGCCACAAACAGCACUAGCCGUCGCAGGAAUAUGCUAAUGAAAAUGGCUGAAGGCAAAUGCAAGAUCAUCUUUUUGGAAACAAUAUGUACUGAUCCGCUGAUUAUUGAAAGAAAUAUACGUCUCAAGAUUCAACAAAGUCCCGAUUAUGCAGAAGAAACGGACUUUGAAGCUGGAUAUCAGGACUUCAAAAGGAGACUUGAUAAUUAUGAAAAGAUGUAUGAGCCAGUGAAUGAAGGUUCUUACAUUAAAGUGAUCGACAUGGCCAGUGGACAAGGCGGGAAGAUACACGUUAACAAUAUUGGUGGAUAUCUUCCGGGACGGAUUGUGUUUUUCCUGGUGAAUACACAUCUGACACCACGCCCGAUUUUGCUUACAAGGCAUGGAGAGAGUCGGGAUAACGUCAGAGGAAGAAUAGGUGGUGACACUGUUUUGAGCGGGAAAGGUGAUCUUUAUGCGAAGAAACUUGCUAACUUUGUGGAAAAGCGACUCCAAAAUGAGCGAGCUGCUUCAAUAUGGACAAGCACAUUGCAGAGAACAAUUUUGACGGCAAAUCAAAUUGUUGGCUUCCCAAAGAUACAAUGGCGUGCACUUGAUGAGAUAAAUGCCGGUGUAUGUGAUGGAAUGACGUAUGAAGAAAUAAAGAAGAACAUGCCAGAGGAAUAUGGGGCACGGAAGAAGGAUAAAUUGAGGUAUCGGUAUCCUCGUGGAGAGUCUUACUUGGAUGUGAUACAAAGGUUAGAGCCCGUGAUAAUCGAGCUUGAGCGGCAACGGGCUCCUGUUGUAGUAGUAGCUCACCAGGCUGUUUUGAGAGCGUUAUAUGCAUAUUUUGCCGAUAAACCGUUGAAAGAAAUUCCACACAUAGAGAUGCCAUUGCAUACAAUAAUAGAGAUACAAAUGGGAGUCACCGGGGUCCAAGAGAAAAGAUACAAGCUCAUGGAUUGAUCAGUUUCCACAAAGGCAGUACAUUGUUUACUUGUAACUUGCUAAUGCUAACACUUGAAAUUGUUGACGAUUACAUGAUUCAUUCAGGUUUAUAUUCCACAAAAAGCAAAGAACCACACAACUUUUGGUUACAUAACAAUUAACAUGGAAUAAUUUUGGCCAAUGAAAAAUAUAAUGAACACGUAGUUCACAUUUUAUGAA